AUGUCGAAUGUCCUAUGUUGGCGAGUCGACAACGAUCCAACGGUGGUUGAGGUAACCCCAACACCCUUCCAAGGGCAUUUGGAUACGGUUGAAGACCGUGCAAAUGUAAAAUGCGCGCGCAUCGUAGGGACAGCUCUACGACUCUCACUCGUCAAUAGCGCCCAUCAAAACGAAGGGUACUGGGAAGCAGCCCGAAUCCCCUCCAACGCCCUAGAUUUCAGUUUCUCUGAACCUGAUCCAGUAGGAGCACCCGGUGUCUUCAAUACAGCAGUCGCGCUAACAGUGGGAGAUCUAGACCUGUCCAAUUACCAAACCUACCUAACCGGCAAACUUCGAGAUAUUCACAGAUUCCAAUUCAAACUCAAUGCCAUCGAUAACGACUUUAAUUUUGCCCGGAUGUUGACGGAACCGCCUGCCAUUGAACAGUUCGUUUCGGAGCAAUGGGACACUAUCAUCAUCAAAGUCCACGGACGAGUCGAAAUCGGGGCACCCUCGAUGAUCAUGUACGACUGUAUUUCAGCCCAAGAGGUGAUCUAUAAAGAGAAUACAGCAUUGGCACGCCUCAUGGCAAAUUCCCCUUACGUACCUCAAACAAAGAGCUUGUUGACACGUACACGAUUCAACCCCCCCGGAGUCCAGAUUAGUUGA